AUGGCUCUAGAGGUUGCGAGUUCUUUCCUUCCGAACUACGUUCACCCGGAAGACUGGUCCGCGUUACAGAGCUGCUUCGAUACGGUCUGUAGACUUCGGCCCAUCAUCACACCACACCCUCCUGCUGCUACUGCUUCCACUGUCGACCCCUCGGAUCGUCAAGCGAUACCCGGGCAGGGCGAAGCGGACGCGGAGAAUACGACGGGUCGUUUGGAGACGGAACGGCGGGGCGGCGGAGCGGCGGUUCAUGGGGCCAGCGCGGCGGAUAGAACGUUCGCUCGGCGUGCUGCUGUCCCGUCGGCGACAGUUGCGCGCGAAGCUGUUCGCGACAGCGUUGCGGGCGGAAUUGUUGCCCAAGAGGCUGUCCCCCGGCAGAGCAGCGCGGACGGGAGUGCUGCGCGCGCCGUCUUCCCCCGCGGGAGCAGUGCGGCGGAAGCAGGCAGCGAGGCGGAGGGGCUUGGCGCGGGGGAGCUUGGCGCAGGGCGGAAGUCGAAGAAGCGGAGGCAUCAUCAUGCGGCAUCGGAAGGCGCUGUGCCGGAACAGCCCAUCUACGAUGCAGUGCGCUCACGCCUGGAACGUCUCUCCUGCAUGCUCCGGUCGCACUCUGACGCGCCAUGCCGCACUUCUGCUGCCGACCAAUCGCAGCGCUCGAGAGACGCCGUCAGCCAAUCGCAGGGGACGAGGGAGCCGGCGGUCCAAUCGCAAGGCUUGAGAGACGCAGAACGGGAUGCUGUUGUGACGGCGUGCGGCAAUGAGUCCUGUGGGGAUAGUGAUGGUGAUGAUGUGGCUGGUGGUGGUGGCGGUGCUGGUACUGAUGGUGAUUUAGGUGCUGUGGUGGGUGAUGGUGUCGCCGUUGCUGCUGUUGCCGAUGGCAAGGCUGAUGCGGGUGCUGGGGGCAGAAACGGCGGUGGUGGCGCCAUGGUUAAUAAGGGGGAUAGUGGCGAUGGGGGCGCCACCUUAGCGGAGCAGCUACUGGCGAGGAUGGAGGAGGUGGCGAGGCUGAGUGAGGAGAACGUGCGAUACCGAGCUGUCUUUGAGCUGUCCAUGGACCCCAUAUUCAUCUUCCGCUGUCACCAUCCUGGUUGCUCUUGCCUCUUCACUCUGUCCCCACCACCCCCACACCCCUCUCCUCCCUCUUCACUCUGUCCCCACCACCCCCACACCCCUCUCCUCCCUCUUCACUCUGUCCCCACCACCCCCACACCCCUCUCCUGCCUCUUCACUCUGUCCCCACCACCCCCACACCCCUCUCCUCCCUCUUCACUCUGUCCCCACCACCCCCACACCCCUCUCCUCCCUCUUCACUCUGUCCCCACCACCCCCACACCCCUCUCCUGCCUCUUCACUCUGUCCCCACCACCCCCACACCCCUCUCCUCCCUCUUCACUCUGUCCCCACCACCCCCACACCCCUCUCCUGCCUCUUCACUCUGUCCCCACCACCCCCACACCCCUCUCCUCCCUCUUCACUCUGUCCCCACCACCCCCACACCCCUCUCCUCCCUCUUCACUCUGUCCCCACCACCCCCACACCCCUCUCCUGCCUCUUCACUCUGUCCCCACCACCCCCACACCCCUCUCCUCCCUCUUCACUCUGUCCCCACCACCCCCACACCCCUCUCCUGCCUCUUCACUCUGUCCCCACCACCCCCACACCCCUCUCCUCCCUCUUCACUCUGUCCCCACCACCCCCACACCCCUCUCCUCCCUCUUCACUCUGUCCCCACCACCCCCACACCCCUCUCCUGCCUCUUCACUCUGUCCCCACCACCCCCACACCCCUCUCCUCCCUCUUCACUCUGUCCCCACCACCCCCACACCCCUCUCCUGCCUCUUCUCUUAUUAUUCAGGACCCCAUAUUCAUCUUCCGUCAGCACGAAGAGUCGAUAACAGACAGGACCCCAUCUUCAUCUUCCGUCUGCACGAGGAGUCGAUAACGGACUGCAACGAGGCGGCUGUCACCAUCCUGCGCUGCGCCUCCAAGGCAGACGUCAUGUGCCGUCCAUUCCACGUCAGCUUCUCGCCGCCCGUGCAGCCGGACGGCCGCCCGACGGCCGAGGCGGCUGGGGAGGUGAUGGCACGGGUGCAGAGCGGAGAGGCAAUCAGCUUCGAGUGGAUGCACUGUGCUCUGGAUGGUUCACCCCUUCCUGUGCUGGUUAGAGUCAAGGUGACGAACUCUGCACCUCAAACCUGCACCUCAAACCUGCACCUCAAACCUGCACCUCAAACCUGCACCUCAAGCCUGCACCUCAAGCCUGCACCUCAAGCCUGCACCUCAAGCCUGCACCUCAAGCCUGCACUCAAACCUGCACCUCAAACCUGCACCUCAAACCUGCACCUCAAGCCUGCACCUCAAGCCUGCACCUCAAGCCUGCACCUCAAGCCUGCACCUCAAGCCUGCACUCAAACCUGCACCUCAAACCUGCACCUCAAACCUGCACCUCAAACCUGCACCUCAAGCCUGCACCUCAAGCCUGCACCUCAAACCUGCACCUCAAACCUGCACCUCAAACCUGCACCUCAAGCCUGCACUGCAAGCCUGCACCACCUCAAACCUGCACCACCUCAAACCUGCACCACCUUAAACCUGCACCACCUCAAACCUGCUCCUCAAACCUUCACCACCUCAAACCUGCUCCUCAAACCUGCACCUCAAACUUGCAUCACCUCAAGCGAAGCGGGAGCAAGGGACAUGCUGACUGACAAGCCUCUCUCUCUCUCUCCUUGGCUGUGUACAUUUCCCUCCCCGUCGUUGUGUAAUACAACACGAGUUGAUGGAAGUAAGGCCUCCGCAGCCCACCUGUGCAUCCCAUCAUUGACAGCUCUUGACCACGUACUUCUCCCUCCCCGUGUACUUCUCCCUCCCCGUGUACUUCUCCCUCCCCGUGUACUUCUCCCUCCCCGUGUACUUCUCCCUCCCCGUGUACUUCUCCCUCCCCGUGUACUUCUCCCUCCCCGUCGUUGUCACAUAGUGGCAGCGGGGAGGGACUGUGUGAUUGUGGUGUGGCACGAUAUGAGGGAGACAAAGAGGCGGGAGGAGGAGCUGAGGCAGGCUAAGGAAGCAGCAGAGGCGGCUAGUCGUGCCAAGACACAGUUUCUGGCGAACAUGAGUCACGAGCUGCGCACUCCCAUGAAUGGCGUAUUGUCGGUGGUGGAGCUGCUAUUAGCAUCAGGCGUGAGCACCAAGCACAGGGCACUGCUGCAGGUGGUGCGGGCAUCGUUUGAGACGUCUCAACAGGUGGUGCGGGCAUCAUCAGCGGAGAGCCUCGUGAGGUGCCUUAGAAACGCACUCACCCGUUUGCCCCUCCCUCCCUCCUUCCAUGCUGCUGCUUUGGUCGCUUCCCCAGGCGUGUUGGGGGUGGUGGAACUGCUAAUAAGCUCGGGAGUGAGCAGCGAGCAGAGGGCGCUGCUGCAGGUGGUGCGGGCGUCAGGGGAGAGCCUCGUGCGGAUCCUCUCAGACCUCCUCGAUAUCACCCGCAUCGAGUCCCACUCGCUCGCCCUCUCCCCUGCGCCCUUCGGCCUCCACUCGGCCAUUGACAGCACUCUCGCGCUCAUGAGAGUUGUUGCCGUGAAGAAAGGGCUGCAGCUGUCAGUGACCGUCCGUCCAUCCACGCCUCAGGAGGUGGUGGGCGAUGCAAUGCGGUUCCGCCAGGUGCUGCUCAACCUGCUUUCCAAUGCCAUCAAGUUCACUGAUAGAGGCUCCGUGGAAGUGCAUGUGACCAGGCUGCACGAACCACCCCCCUCACGUGUCAAUGGCAAGGCUGGUGGGGCGGGGGGUAGGCUCUGGGUUGGUUCACCCUGGUCAGCCGAAUGUGUGCAGAAGGUUGGUGAUAGCAGGUCUUCUCGUGGGAGGGGGGAGUGUAGUGGAGAGGACACCUGGCAGGGUAGGGGAGCAAGAGGAAAUGGAGGGGCAGGGGGGGAAGGAGAAAGGGAAGUGGGAGCUGCAGCAGUUGGAGCAGGGGGAGAAGAGAAGGAAGUGGGAGCAGCAGCAGCAGCAGCAGGAGGAGGAGGCAGUGGUGGUGGUGGGGUUGAAAGGUCUCAAGGAAAGAAGAGGCAGAGAGAGGGAGAGGGGCGAGGUGAGGAACAGGAGAGUGAUGGAGGAGUGAAGAAGAAGGGGUGGUCUGAUACGGUGCAAACAGCAAGACCAGAGGUGGAGAGAAUUGGCGGGAUGAAGAAAACGUGGGUGGAGACGUCUGGAAGGGAGGAAGGAAGGUUGGAGGGAGGGAUGAGGGUGGAGGCAAGCGGAUGGUUAGAGGACUUGACCCACGUGGAGAUGAAUCAUCAGGGACAGCGGGUGGGGCAGGUGGAGGGGCAGCAGGAGGGGCAGCAGGAGGGGCAGCAGGAGCAGCAGGAGGGGCAGGAGGGGCAGCAGGAGAAGUCAGUGGAGUGGGUGCAGGUGAGGGUGCAGGACACAGGCAUAGGCAUGGCACCCCACGUCAUGCCCCAAAUCUUCCACCCCUUCACUCAAGCUGACUCCUCCUCCUCGCGCCGCUUCGGAGGCACGGGGCUGGGCCUUGCCAUCUGUCACUCGCUCAUUGGCCUCAUGGGUGGGGAGAUCCAAGUGGAGAGUCGGCCCGGAGUUGGGUCGGCUUUCACCGUUUGUAUCCCGUUUGGACAAGUUCAAAGGGAUGAGGUGGUGGUUGUGGGUGGGGUGGAUAAGCCUGGCCCAGAUGCACCUGCAGGUCCAUCCGUCCCAGCACCACCCGCCUCAGAAGCACCUGCCUCAGAACCACCUACCCCAGGAUCAGAGACUGGCGCAUCACUCUCCAUGCAGGGUCUGUCAGUACGCCCUCCCCCAGUCCAACCUGCCGGCACCUCAGUUGAGCCUACACCCACUGCCCUGAACUCCCAUCAGGCUCAACACCCUUCGCCCUCCCUCCCUGCAACUCCCACUUUCCCUCGACCUCCUUUUCUCGCUGCUCCUGCCGCUGUAGCUGCACCUCCCAUUGUCCCCACACCUCCUCCUCGUCUUCAUUCCCUGCAACCAACUCCAGCAGUCGCCUCCGUCCCUCCAUUCUUCCCACCCUCCCUUUCUCCUUCCCUCGCACCCUCCUUCGCACCUUCCCUCGCACCUUUCCUCUCACCUUCUCCCUCACCCUCCCUCGCACCUUCACUCGCACCUUCCCUCGCACCCUCCCUCGCACCUUCCCUCUCACCCUCCCUCGCACCCUCCCUGCCUCCUUGUUCUGAACCCACUCACAGCACCACUCCCCCUCCUCCUCUUCCUCGUCCUCGUUUGAAAGAUAAAGAAUCACAGGAGCAGGAAGAGCAGGGAGAGCAGGGAGAGGAGGGAGAGCAGGGAGAGCAGGGAGAAAAGGGGGAGCAGGAAGGGCGGAGAGAGCAGCAGGGCAAGGGGUGUGGCACAAAGGAAGGAGAAGAGAAGAAGUCACCGUUUGAGGGGAUGAGGUGCCUGGUGGCAGAGGACAACAGAGUGAACCAGCUGGUGGUGACGCGCAUGCUGCACAGCCUGGGUGUGGCGUGUGAUGUGGCUGUCAAUGGCCGCGAGGCCGUUGCCAAGUGUGUGCAGCGGGACUACGACCUCGUGCUUAUGCUGGUGGUGACGCGCAUGCUGCACAGCCUGGGCGUGGCGUGUGACGUGGCUGUCAAUGGCCGCGAGGCCGUUGAUAAGUGCGCUCAGCGGGACUACGACCUUGUGCUCAUGGACUGUCAUAUGCCUGAGAUGGAUGGAUUUGAGGCAACGCGCCUUAUUCGGCAACAUUAUACUGAUCAUUAUAAGGUGGGCGGAGGCAUUCUCGCCGCCGCCACCCGCGCGUUCGCCGGAUUGCGCAACAGGCUGUUGGCGGAUCCCGCCUUCCUCUUCAAAGUGUUCACAGAGGUUGUGAUUGACUCUGGGUGUGCCACUUUUGCCGAAGUGCGGAAACGAGGAGACGAUUUCUGGAAGGAGUUUGAUCUCUAUAUGUCAGAUAUCCUCGUGGGAUUCGCAGUCGACGCUGCCCUCGUCAGCAUGCUCGCGCCCAUGGCUAGGUUCGGCAGCAGCGCUGCAGCUUCGGCAGCCCGAGGCAGGCGAGGCUUGGUGCCGCCGGGCCUGGCUGCAGCUUUGGAGGCGCUUCCCAGCAGCAUGUUUGAGGCGGCGCUGCCUGGGAGGAGAUACAGUGUGGUGCAGAGGGGUGCGACGUGGUUGGUGAAGGGCGGGCAGUAUGCUGUAGUGGGGUUCAGCUGUGGUCUGAUUGGCCAGGCGAUGACAACUGCUAUUGUGCUAAUCAAGCGGAAUCUGAGGAAGCCGGGGGAGCACGAGGAGGAGGUGAAGAUCCCGGGCAUGAUUCCCACCGCCUUACUCUGGGGUGGCUUCAUGGCAGUGUCAUCCAACACGCGCUAUCAGAUCAUCAACAGGCUGGAGUCUUUGUCAUCUAACACGCGCUAUCAGAUCAUCAACGGGUUGGAGCGAGUGGUGGAAUCGUCACCAUUGGCCCGCAGCAUGCCCCUGGGAGCUCGCAUCUUCACUGUUCUCAUCCGCUUCAGCAACAACAUCUUCGGCAGCAGCCAGUUUGUCGAGGUCGCACGGUGGAGCGGCGUGCAGUAA